AUGACGCUACCAGGGCCGCAAGCAAAGCCUCAAGUAAACUCGAAUCCAGACUUCAAGCUUCCCGGUCUUCCAGCGUCAAAAUCAACCCUGUCAAAUAUUUCGAACACAACAGCUGCUGCCGUCCUUGGCGGUAUUCUUUGCCACAAUCUUGCCUUCGAUAAGGGAGUUCUUGUGCCACAGCCAGCGGACUUCCACCACGGCUUGGGUCUGGCCAAUUCGGUACUGCCGAUUGGCGCCUUAAACGGCCAUGCCGUUCAUGACUGGUGGCUCCAGUCCAUGGAGGAUGCUCCCUUCGUCGUUGCGAGUGUACGUGGCUGGAUCGUAUCGAUCCCUCCACCCGUUCAUCGUCUCGUUACGAUCCACGCCGUCGGCUACGCUGGCAACACACUCUUCCCCUACCUCCUGGACGAUGCGGCACCAGAGAAGCGCGCGGCAGAGCCGCAGGCUGCUGGCGACAACGUACUUUGUCUGGUACGCAAAUGUCUCGCCCUUGGCGCGGCGGUCUGGGUCGGGGAUGGGAGGCUGGCUGGGGUGUUCGGCCUGCCAUUGCUCGAUGGCACAGAUGAUAUUGGGGAAUGUGUUCAGUACUCGGGCGUUGUGGUAGGCCGUGGGAUCGGCCGCGGAGAGGCUCCUUCUGUGUUGCUUGAAUCUUGUCCUCCGCGUCUUUGGACACGGCGUGGAACUCAGCGGCGUACUCAAUGGUUGAGCAUAUGGGGUUGCAGCGCACCCUUGGCAAAAGCUGUAAUCGUGGUGACGCCACUCGACAUGGACGAGCCGGUAAUCCCGGUGACGCCUGGCCAGGCCCGUGGCUUGCUGAGUGUGCGGAAACUGUGA